UGAAGCCGAGUCUUCCUGUUCUGACGCACAUGCGCGGUAGCAAUAUGAUGGCGGAGGGAGAUUUUGCGUUCGAUCCCGAUCGUAACUAUGAUGAAGAAAUUAUGUCGAUGCAGAGGGAGAUUGAAAAAGAAAUCACAGAUACCCAAGACCUCAUUGGUCCUCUGCAGUCAUUGGAAUCACUUAUAGAAGAAUAUGCUCAGGAAGACCAAGUCUACAGACAAAAAUUGUCUGAUUUGGGAUCCAGAUACACACAUAUUCGGAAGAUCCGUGGAGAUGGAAAUUGCUUUUUCCGUGGAUUUGGCUUCUCAUAUCUGGAAUCACUGUUAAAAAAUGAUGUUGAAUAUGAAAGCUUUAAAAAGAUUGCAGCUCAGAGCAAAGAUGAGUUGGUCACACUUGGAUUUCCACAAUUUACUAUUGAGGAUUUUCAUGACACAUUUAUGGAAGUGGUGAAAAUGGUGGAAAAGAAGUGUUCUGUAGAAGAGCUUCUGCGUUCCUUCAAUGACCAAGGACUAUCAGAUUACUUUGUCGUAUACCUUAGAUUAGUGGUUUCUGGACAUCUACAAAAGGAAAACGAAUUUUUUGCCAGUUUCAUUGAAGGAGGUCGAAGUGUGAAGGAAUUCUGUAACCAGGAAGUGGAGCCCAUGGGGAAGGAGAGCGACCACAUCCAUGUCAUUGCGCUUGCUCAAGCAUUCGGUACAGGUGUACUCAUUGAGUAUAUGGAUCGAGGUGGUGACACAUGCAAUACUCACAUUUUUCCUGAUGGAGCCCAACCUUCUGUUCAUCUGUUAUACAGGCCUGGUCAUUAUGAUAUCCUCUACAAUGUGCGGUGAAAGUAUGCAGCUUGAAACAUUUAUUAAUAUGCUUGUAUACAUGUCAUGGGGUAUGUUGUUGACAUCAGGCACUAUGGCAACUACAUCUACCAGGGCACCUUCAACAGUCAAAAGUUCAUUAUUGUUCUUUGUUGAUUUGACUAGCAUGAAUAUUUAGUUUUACACACUGCCAGCUGCAGUGUUUUCAGCUACUGACAGUUGUGACAAGAGUAGUUUGGGCAAGCAAAUUUGUUUCCGUAUGGUAGGUUUUUGUCAGUCCAAUUUGUGAUGCAGCGUUUGACAUUGGUGUUGCUUUUCUGGAAUGUGAACUACCAUAAAUAAAAUUUGCAAUUAGGGUUAUUAUUGGACUACAAAAAUCAUUAUUACUGAUCAUCAGGGACUUUGAAAUGCAUUGUAGACCAUACAGAAAACAAGUUCAAGUUUAAAGAAGGUUUAAUAAAUUGCAAACUGGCAGCUAGAUGCCCAAAACAGUAAAACAGCAGUGCAGUCAGGGAUAUCUUUAGACAAGUAUUUACAGCAUCUUAUCACGAUUCUGGGGCAGCAUAGUCAUCCUUCCUGUAUUAUUGUUGCUUCAUUUUGUGUUGUGGCUUGUACUUCUACCUUAGGUGUUAAUACCCAGGCUAUCCACAGUAAAAACUAAAUUAAUUGUUGAACCAUGUCAGAUUUCAACUGCAUUAUGUAAAAAUAUAUAUAUAUUUCAGCAUAUCAGAUUUUGCAGAAAUGUUUACAAAGAAUUCAAAAGUUCAUGAAAAUGUUAGCAGAGUAUGUGUAUUAAAUUAUAUUUGAGUAAACCAUGUCUUAUAUUUCAUUAUUAGUAAACUGCCAGUGAUCUGUGUUUUAAAGUGUAACACAUACAUAACAUGUAUGGCUGUCAACAGUUGCAAACACAGUGUAUUAUCUGCUUUACACUUGCCUUUUUGUGGUUAAUUACAUUAUGAAAACAUUCUUCUGAUAUAUAAUGUACUGAAAUAUAGUAGUUUGUAUACAGACUGAAGAUAGUUUUGUAUGUAUGGUGUCAUGUCUUUCUCCUGAAGAUAAAAGUAACCUAAAAAUGUCUCAUGAAAUUGUCAUUUUACCUCAUUUAAUGCCAUGAUUGAAGCUGAAAAGGUACAGUUUGUGGCUCCUGCAAGAAGUACCAGUAAGAGACUUUUACAUCUGUGCACUAAACUAAUUCACUCCUUCUCCAUGUGUUCUUAAGCAUUCCAAAGAAACUUUGUGCAUCAAGUUAAGAUUAUAUUUUGCCCACAAGUUACUGUGGGUUUCUAGGCUGGCUAUCAAUAAAAUUUACAUCAUUUUCCUGAUCUCACUCUUUUUAAAGAUAAGAGCUAUGCCAGUCUAAAUCCUUAUGAGAGUGUGAGUAUGGACUAUACAAAUCAUGCAUUUAUUAUUUAUUUUUAUCAUAAAUUUAUAGAGAAAAUUGAAUGCUGUGCAUUCUUGUACAGCAGCAUGAACUGUACCAUCGAAAGAUAAAGUUCUGUCUUGUAAAAAUUCAUGACUUCUUUGACCACAAAUGAGAAGUCUAUUGAAAAAAAAUAUUUUGGUAAUGGGAAAUGGGAGUCCAGUGUUGUUGAAAGGGAGCAUUUUAUUUCCAUUCCAAAUACUCAUCAUGAGAGGAUGUACUACUUGUUUCAUCACAGCAAAGUUCAGAUUGUCACCACGUUUUGUAAUAAGACCCUAUGAAGGGAAAAGGUAAAACAUGAGAGAUCUAGAUUAUGAGGGUUUAAAAGUUCUUAAUACACUUUAAACCCAUUCAAAAGUGUCAAAAAUAUAAAGGAUCUUUUCUGUUCUAUCAUUUAUGGUUGUUGGGUAGGGGAAUGAAUUGGGAAUUCGAUUAAGAACCAUUUUUCUUAUUUUUAAACUGGUUAGCAUCAGUUGAGAACUACCAGUAUAAACCAUAGCCUGUUAUUGUUCAAAGCUACCUUGUAAAACUAAAGUUGCCUUAGAUUAUUUCUCAGAGCAAGAACUUCAGUAACUUUGUUGAUGUAGGUGGAUUUUUUUUCAGGUGUUGGUGAAGAAGAUGUAUAAUUAUUUCUUCAGCAUGCAUGGUUUGAUGUUUUUUCCUGAUACUCUUCUUUAAAACACUUUUGUCUUAUGUGUUACCUUGUAUGUGUAUGUAUGGUUGUUAAUGUGUAUGAAUAUGCAUGGCAUGUUUUUGUACACCAUUGUAUGUACAAAUUCACUUGUGUUUAAAUGAAUGAAUGAAGCUUCAGUGUUUUGGAAAAAGCGGCUUUGAGAAAUACUAGAAUGAUGGCUCAGUGCAGUUCUACAGUAUUACCUGUCAUGUAGAUGUUUUGAUGCUUUUAGGUGCUUCAAGUGAUGUUAAAAUAUGCAACUGAUAUGCAGUCAUGUUUGUUUCUUAUAUAAGUUACAUGUUUCAACAGUCAUCUCACUUCUUGUUUACUUAUUUGAAUACAUGUGGUUUAUCAUAAGACAGGAGAUAAUGCGUUGUGUUGUGAGGGUGAUGUGGGGUGAUGUGGAAAAAUGCAUUCAUGCAUAUGUAGGGUGGAGGAAUGUAGAAAACUGCCAGUUGAUUUGCUGUGAUGGUGGACUGGCAGAAUCAUGCAGAAUAAAAGCUGUAAAGAAAGUGAA